UGGUUGGCAGCUGCGGCGCAGAGUCCAGCCGCUGGUGCGCGGAGCAGUUCGCUGUCUCCAGAGCGGUUCGGCCCAGCCGUUCGCCUAGGCGCCCAGGCCCGGUGCGCGCGUGCGUGAGCGCGCCUGCGCCGCCGGGGCCGCUGCCGGGGGGAGGGCGGCCACUGCAGGAGGAUCCUUUUCCCCCAGAAAUUGCUCAAUGCUGAAACCUUUCAAAGUCAUAUUAGAGACGCUGGAAGCACCAUGGAUGGGUUUUAUGAUCAGCAAGUCCCUUUUCUGGUCCCAGGGAAAUCUCGAUCAGAGGAAGGUCGAGGGCGGCCUGUGAUUGACAGAAAGAGGAAGUUUUUGGACACCGAUCUGGCUCAUGAUUCUGAAGAGUUGUUUCAGGAUCUCAGUCAGCUACAAGAGGCUUGGUUAGCUGAAGCACAAGUUCCUGAUGAUGAACAGUUUGUCCCAGAUUUUCAGUCUGAUAACUUGGUGCUUCAUGCCCCCCCUCCAACCAAGAUCAAGCGGGAGCUGCACAGCCCCUCCUCGGAGCUGUCGGCCUGCAGCCACGAGCAGGCUCUCGGUGCUAAUUACGGAGAAAAGUGCCUCUACAACUACUGUGCCUAUGAUAGGAAGCCUCCCUCUGGGUUCAAGCCAUUAACCCCUCCUACCACACCUCUGUCACCCACCCAUCAGAAUUCCUUGUUUCCCCCACCCCAGGCAACUCUGCCCACCUCAGCGCAUGCCCCCGGAGCUGGCCCAGUCCAAGCUGUGGGCCCUGCCCCCACCCCUCAUCCGCUUCCAGAACCUGGACCACAGCAACAAACCUUUGCGGUCCCUCGACCACCACAUCAGCCCCUGCAGAUGCCAAAGAUGAUGCCCGAAAACCAGUAUCCAUCAGAACAGAGAUUUCAGAGACAACUGUCUGAACCCUGCCACCCCUACCCUCCUCAGUCAGGAGUUCCUGGAGAUAAUCGCCCCAGUUACCACCGGCAAAUGUCGGAACCCAUUGUUCCUGCAGCUCCCCCUCCCCCUCAGGGAUUCAAACAAGAAUACCAUGACCCACUCUAUGAACACGGGGUCCCUGGAAUGCCGGCACCCCCAGCACAUGGGUUCCAGUCACCAAUGGGAAUCAAGCAGGAGCCCCGAGAUUACUGCGUUGAUUCAGAAGUGCCUAACUGCCAGUCAUCCUACAUGAGAGGGGGAUAUUUCUCCAGCAGCCAUGAAGGUUUUCCAUAUGAAAAAGAUCCCCGGUUAUACUUCGACGACACUUGCGUUGUGCCUGAGCGACUGGAAGGCAAAGUCAAGCAGGAGCCCACCAUGUAUCGGGAGGGCCCCCCUUACCAGAGGCGAGGCUCGCUGCAGCUGUGGCAGUUCCUGGUCACCCUUCUGGAUGACCCAGCCAAUGCCCACUUCAUUGCCUGGACCGGACGCGGCAUGGAGUUCAAGCUGAUAGAACCAGAGGAGGUUGCUCGGCGUUGGGGCAUCCAGAAGAACCGGCCAGCCAUGAACUAUGACAAACUGAGCCGUUCUCUACGCUAUUACUAUGAAAAGGGCAUCAUGCAGAAGGUGGCUGGGGAGCGAUACGUUUACAAAUUUGUCUGCGACCCCGAUGCCCUUUUCUCCAUGGCCUUCCCGGACAAUCAGCGCCCAUUCCUGAAGGCAGAAUCCGACUGCCCCCUCAGUGAGGAGGACACCCUGCCCCUGACCCACUUUGACGACAGCCCUGCUUACCUCCUGGAUGUGGAUCGCUGCAGCAGCCUCCCCUACGCUGAAGGCUUUGCUUACUAAGUUUCUGAGUGGCUGAGCGGCCAAACCCUAGAGCUAGCAGUUCCCAUUCAGCAAAUGAGGGCAGUGGUUUUGUUUGUGUUCUUGGCUGUUCCUAAAGCUUGCCCUUUGAGUAUUAUCUGAGAACCUAGCCGGCUCUGGAUUGACACCCUUACACACAGACACCUUGGCUGGGAGUGGGAACAGGGAGGGGUGAAAAGUUCACCCAAAGGCGGUGAUUCUGAAAGGGUUUCUGGGAAGAGGUGGGAAUGGACCCUCCUUAACCACCAUGGGCGAUACAUGCAAAGCAAUACCUUGUUCAGGUUCAUACCUGCAAAACAGACCGAUUGUGUGACAAUCUGCAUUGAUCAUGGACAACUAAAUGUCUUUGCACAGAAGGGCUCCGAUUUGCAUAGUUUAUUGAACAAAGAAGUCACAAGCCCAUAGCAGAGGACAGGCUUCACUGGGGAGGCCCAAAUCGUUAAAGCUGAAAAAUACAUCUUGAAAUUUGCAGAGUUCUUCUAGCUCACUCUGGACGCUUCCCCUUGGUCCAGAAUAGGGGGACAGCUGUUACCCACUCCAUGGUUCUCCAAUCACAAACCAUCACUACUCCUGGGAACCUUCCGGCCACGUGGUCACCAAGUAGAGCCAGCCCCCUCUCUUCCUGGUCACAUGGCUGAAGGUGGAUGGCUUUCAUUUGAGGAGAAGGGCGAUUAACACUUGACAGUAUUUUGUUUUGCUUUGAUUCGGGGGGGGGAUUGUUUUGUCUUGGCCAUUGUUUUGGAAAAACAGUUUAUAAAACUGAUUUUGUAAUUUUGGUAUUUAAAGCAAAAAACAAAAACAAACCUUUCGGUAACUGUGCACUGUGUCCCUUAGGCAGGGCCACGCUGAUUUCCUAUGAUGCCGCAGCUUGAGAGGGGCUUUGCUGGGGCCCCCUCAGCCAUGUGAAAGCCCGCUUCGUUGCCUGUCCGUGCCCUCUGCACCAGACAACCCAACAGAACAUUUGCACCCAAGUUGUACAUUUCUGAAGUGUGUGGGGCAGCCUGGACACGAGCUUAGAUUCCAUGUGUAUAGCGCACCAUGUUCACUAAUGUGCCCACUGGGCAGCAGAUGUACAUACUACACGUCCUGUCUACUUGGAAGCCAGCCACUGGUGGGACCCCAGGGCUGUUUCCUAGGGCAUGACUGAUGGCAACUGCCAUUUCAUUAGUUUGUUUUGUUCUCUUUUUUUCUUUAAAUCUUGGACUUUGAACCCUGCGUAACAAUUCAGUAGGGUUUAUUGAGACUUUACACAUGACACUGACAGGUAAGACAAUGCUAGCAUUCUGGUUUCCUGCCACUUUUUUGUUUUUUCUUCUGAGUGCUGUAUUAUAUUGGUGAAGUUUAAAACAACCAAGCUAAAGUUUUGUGCAAGUUGAGCUCAAAGUAGAGGAGAAGUCACUAGAAAGCGGUAGUACCUUGCUGCCUGCUCUGUUGAGGGCUCUGUGUGCCCUGACUGCUGUCCUUGUGUGUGCAAGGAGACAGUGCUAACUCCACAAGUGUGAGACACAUCCUUUGAAAUGCUGUUCUGUAAUAGAAGUGCUCCAUGGUCCUCCUUACAACCAACAGCACAUUGGUGAAGAAGUUCACAGGGACAAGGGCUUUGUUUUACAGCUAUGAAAACAUCAGAUUUCCCUCUACUGGAAGCUGAUUUAGCCUACGAAAGUGUCGAACCUGUUGCUUGGGUCUUAAUUAGCAUUGUACUCUAAUCAAAGGACUCUUUCUAAACCAUAUUUAUAGCUUUCUAAUCUACACAUAGUCUAUACAUAGAUGCAUAUUUUACCCCCAGCUGGCUAGAGAUUUAUUUGUUGUAAAUGCUGUAUAGAUUUGUUGUUUUUUUUUUUCCUUUCUUAUACUGGUUUGGGUUUUGGGGUUUUUUUUAUGAAUUUAUGCUAGUUUAGCAAGUAGGAAAAUAAUCUUCUGUAGCCUGAGCUGCCCCCUCCCCUGCUGUAACUACGAGCGAGGCCUGUGCUCGUGGGACGUAGCACGGAAGGCAUCACCGUUGCAUUUCCCGUGGACUCACGCACCUCCCGGAUGGUUUUUGUUUCUUUCAGAGUUUUGGGGGGUUGGUUCAUUUGCUUCUUUUCCAGAGUGUGGAAAAUCUACAGUGCAGAAAGGCUUUCACCUGCCGGUUGAUUUUAAAUACUUUCCCCUGCGCAGGGCUGUGUGCAUCCUGCCAAGCUGCGUUAUAUUCUGUACUGUGUACAAUAAAGAAGUUUGCUUUUCGUUUAC